ACUGGCGAAUCGAGAGGGAGGCACCACGCACCAUCUUACAUUGCCUGCCGUAAGCAGAUCGACUACUCAGCUCAAGGUUGAAGGCAUGGCUGCAUCCAAAUUCUACGUCGCCAGCUGCGCCCUCCUCCUAAUCGGCGUGGUGCUGCUGGGGCAGCAGGGUAUAGAUGGCGCCGUCGCCUGCCCCCAGUUCUGCCUCGACGUGGACUACGUGACCUGCCCGUCCUCCGGCUCCGAGAAACUCCCGGCGAGGUGCAACUGCUGCAUGACGCCCAAAGGCUGCACGCUCCAUCUCUCCGAUGGCACGCAGCAGACCUGCAGCUAGCUCUGAACCAAAGUGUGCGUGAUUCGAUCUGGACAAAGACCAACCUGCCGGUUUUCGCAAAUAAAACUUUGGCGCCUGUGCAUGUGGCCAUCCGAAUAAAUGUGUGCAUGAUCGUCUAUAUAGAAAAGUGAAAAACUAGUCCUUUCCCUUUUUUUUA